AUGAAUAAAGAUUUGUUUAAGGAUGCUGUCAAGGAUUUUGCACUGCAAACCAAGAAGAAUCUGACCAUUUUUAAAAAUGAUAAAAAGAGGGUGGUAGUUAAAUGUGUUGAGGAAUGUCCAUUCUAUCUGAGAAUUAGCAAGACUCCCUCAAGGCCUAUCUGGCAAAUUGUAAGCUUUUCUAACACUCACAAUUGCUGCAGGACUGCUACUAAUAGGCAGGCAAAGACAGUUUGGCUUGCUAAGAAGUUUAUGCAAAUUCUAAGACACACUCCAGAUCUGAAGGUGACUGGCUUGAUAGAGGAGGCAAGGGUUAGGUGGGGCAUUGUGAUAGGGAGGUUCAAGGCAUAUAGAGCAAAGGUGAAAAGUCUGGAGAUGUUGCAUGGUGCAAGUAUGGAGCAAUACAGUCACCUGAGGAACUAUGUUGCUGAGUUGCUGAGAAGUAAUCCUGGGUCGACAGUCAUAAUAAAAUCAACAGUGGGAGUACAUGGCCCAGUCUUUGAGAGGAUCUACAUCUUCUUUGAAGCUACGAAGACUGCAUUUGCCAAGCAUUGUAGACCCUUAAUUGGGUUGGAUGGUUGUUUCCUUAAGGGACUCUAUGGUGGUCAACUUCUCUCAGCAGUAGGCAAAGAUGGAAAUAACCAAAUGUUUCCAAUUGCAUUUGCAGUUGUAGAAGCUGAAACUAGGGACUCCUGGACCUGGUUCUUGAACCUUCUUUUACAUGAUCUGAAUUGUGUUAAACCGCAGAAUUGGGGAUUGGUGCCUGCUAUUGCUGAUUUGGGUCCAGACACUGAACACAGGUUGUGUGUGAAGCACUUAUAUGGCAAUUUCAGGAAGAGGUUCCCAGGUGAAGAGUUGAAGAAUACUUUAUGGUCUGCUGCAAGGGCUAGCACAUAA